AUGCCACAGAUUGGCCUGGAGCCGUUGGAUGGUGUGAUGGCGUUGGCGCGUCACAUGGCGGUGCCCUCGCUGAACAGCUAUAUUGCGAUGAGCCUGUUGCUCGCUGUUGGUUCCGUUUUCUAUGCGAAAUUUGCCUAUACAAAGGAAGAGAUAGACAAUCGUUUAAGAGGUAUCAAUGAGACAACGAAUUCCGCCAUUAUGACCUCAGUUUAUUUGCAGCAAUUUUAUUACCUUCUUCUUUACCCAAAUUUGGGAUGGAUUCUUAUCAAUACAAUUUGCGCAUUGCUUGCAUUAGUGGUAAAAAUUGCUAUUCGUGUCACUGUUGGACCAGUGAGCGCUCAGGAAUCAGCAGUGCUGGGUGAUCGUGUAGGUAAUUUUCUAGUCUACAAAGCAGUAUUUUUAUUUGGCGUGUUGAACAGUGUUGAGUACGAAGAGGCCGUCGCCUGGAUUCUGUGGUUUGCUUCAUUGGCUGCCGUAGCCGCACUUCAGAGCAUCCUCACGUACAGACUCAAAUAU